CGCCAGGACGCCGUUACUCUUUAACUUAUCAGCAGCCUUUUAAUGCUGAACAAGAAACUUUUCGUUCUCGCUGAAAACGACUCAACACUUGGGAUUCUUGAGGCCACUUCGAACCCCAGACUGUGAUCUCCGUGGCCUCAAUCUGAGAUUCCCUCCCCCGGCUCUCAAAUCCACUCCCUCCACCUUCGCUUUCAUCUUGAGAUGCGUGCCACAUGUGGCCGGGAUGUUAUAAAAAUUGAUGGUAGGCCCCCGCAUUUGCUCGGGGUCCGACGCUGAACUCUGAUAGGCUGAGGGGGCACUGAUGGUCCCCCCUAACUCCCGUGCUCACUGCCGGACCGCCCCCUAUCGCUGCGACCACCAGAAGUCCUGCUUUCCCGCCCACCCGCUCACGCCGCCCCGCCCCACCCCGCCGCCAUGGCGAGGGACUCGCGGAAGCAGCCUGUCUCUUGCCGCCACGUCUUGCUCUUGAUGGCCAGGUCUUGCUGGUUGCUGAGCUGCAUGCGGGAGGCUCAGGCCCAGGAACACGCUCACUCCAUCCGGUUGGACGGCGACAUCAUCCUGGGUGGCCUCUUCCCCGUCCAUGCCCGCGGAGACCGCGGCGUGCCCUGCGGCGAGCUCAAGAAGGAGAAGGGCAUCCACCGACUGGAAGCCAUGCUCUUCGCCAUUGACCAGAUCAACAAGGACCCCGAGCUGCUUCCCAACGUGACGCUGGGCGCCCGCGUCCUGGACACGUGCUCGCGGGACACCUACGCCCUGGAGCAGUCGCUCACGUUCGUGCAGGCGCUCAUCGAGAAGGACGCGACAGACGUCCGUUGCGCCAGUGGAGACCCGCCCAUCUUCGCCAAGCCGGACAAGAUCGUGGGCGUGAUCGGCGCCUCCGCCAGCUCCGUGUCCAUCAUGGUCGCCAACAUCCUGCGGCUCUUUAAGAUACCUCAGAUCAGCUAUGCAUCCACGGCCCCCGAGCUCAGCGACAACACCCGCUACGACUUCUUCUCACGCGUGGUGCCGCCCGACUCCUACCAGGCACAGGCCAUGCUGGACAUCGUCAUGGCGAUGGGCUGGACCUACGUCUCCACCCUGGCGUCGGAGGGCAACUACGGCGAGAGCGGCGUGGAGGCCUUCGUGCAGAUCUCCCGGGAGUCCGGUGGCGUGUGCAUCGCACAGUCCCUGAAGAUCCCCAGAGAACCCAAGCAGGGCGAGUUUGACAAGAUAAUUCUGCGACUGCUUGAGACCUCCAGCGCCCGCGCCGUCAUCAUGUUUGCUAAUGAGGACGAUAUCAGGCGGAUCCUUGAUGCUGCCAAACGCAACAAUCAGACGGGUCACUUCCUGUGGGUGGGCUCUGACAGCUGGGGUUCGAAGAUCUCCCCAGUCAUCCAGCAGGAGAGGGUGGCCGAGGGGGCCGUAACCAUCCUCCCUAAGCGGGCAUCUGUGGACGCGUUUGACAGAUACUUCAGAAGCCGAUCCCUGUCCAACAAUAGAAGGAACGUGUGGUUUGCGGAAUUCUGGGAGGAGAAUUUCAACUGCAGGUUGGGAUCACACGGCAGACGGCCUGGAAUCCUGAAGAAAUGCACAGGGCUGGAGAAGGUGGGAAGAGACUCCAGUUACGAGCAGGAGGGCAAGGUGCAGUUUGUGAUGGACGCUGUGUACGCCAUGGCACACGCGUUGAACCGCAUGCACCGUGAGCUGUGCUCCGGCUACCCAGGACUGUGUCCCCGCAUGGCCAACAUUGACGGCAAGGAGCUGCUCGCCCACAUCCGGGCCGUCAACUUCAACGGCAGCGCAGGGACCCCGGUGGUCUUUAACGAGAACGGCGACGCCCCUGGCCGUUACGACAUCUUCCAGUACCAGAUCACCAACAAGUCGACGGCGGAGUACAAAGUCAUCGGCCACUGGACGGACAACUUGCACCUGAAUGUGGAUGCCAUGCAGUGGGCGGGGGGCAGCAGGGCCGCGCCGGCCUCUGUGUGCAGCCUGCCGUGCCAGCUUGGCGAGCGGAAGAAGAUGGUGAAGGGUGUGCCGUGCUGCUGGCAUUGCGAGCGCUGUGAGGGCUACCACGUCCAGGCGGGCGAGUUCAGCUGCGAGCUGUGUCCAUACGAGCAGCGGCCCGACCGCAACCGCACAGGCUGCCAGCCCAUCCCCAUCGUCAAGCUGGAGUGGCACUCACCCUGGGCCAUGGCGCCAGUCUUCAUCUCCAUGCUGGGCAUCGUAGCCACCACCUUCGUCAUCGUCACCUUCGUGCGCCACAAUGACACACCCAUUGUGCGAGCCUCCGGCCGUGAGAUGAGCUAUGUGCUGCUGACGGGCAUCUUCCUAUGCUAUGCCAUCACCUUCCCCAUGAUCGCCGCCCCUGACGUAGCCAUCUGCUCCCUGCGCCGCAUCUUCCUGGGCUUGGGCAUGUGCUUCAGCUACGCUGCCCUGCUCACUAAGACCAAUCGCAUCCACCGCAUCUUCGAGCAGGGCAAGCGGUCAGUGACGGCACCGCGGUUCAUCAGCCCCGCCUCCCAGCUGGUCAUCACCUUCAGCCUGAUCUCUGUACAGCUACUGGGCGUCUUCGUGUGGUUCGCUGCUGACCCGCCGCACACUGUGGUGGACUACGGCGAGCAGCGCACCCAGGACCCGGAGAAUGCCCGUGGCGUCCUUAAGUGUGACAUCUCGGACCUCUCCCUCAUCUGUUCCCUCGGAUACAGUAUUCUGUUGAUGGUCACGUGCACUGUUUACGCCAUUAAGACUAGGGGGGUCCCAGAGACCUUCAACGAAGCCAAACCCAUUGGAUUUACCAUGUACACUACCUGCAUUAUCUGGUUAGCAUUUAUCCCCAUCUUCUUUGGGACUGCACAGUCAGCCGAGAGGAUGUACAUCCAGACGACCACGCUGACCAUCUCGCUGAGCCUGAGCGCCUCUGUCUCCCUGGGCAUGCUCUACAUGCCCAAGGUCUACGUCAUCAUCUUCCACCCGGAGCAGAACGUGCCCAAGCGCAAGCGCAGCUUCAAGGCCAUCGUCACCGCUGCCGCCAUGUCGGGCAAGCUGGCGCAGAAGGGGGGCGACCGACCCAACGGCGAGGUGAAGACCGAGCUCUGCGAGAGCAUGGACACCAACACAGCCUCCUCGACCAAGACGACGUACGUCAGCUAUAGCAAUCCCGCCAACUGACGUCCGCUGCAGGGAGAAAACUCCAGAAGGACCACGGAUCCAUCACUGAGCCGUCAAGUUCGAUGAGGACUAGGGUUUCAGGGGUGGGGGUUGGGGAUGCUUCCGACGCUGCCCGAUCAGAGUUGCUAACAACUUUCGCUUCAUACCGGUGACUCAGGAUGGUAAAGCAGGUUGAAGCGCGAUGGACUCGUUUCUGCAGAUAAACAAAUGGAACAAAACUGACCUCCAGCUUGAGAGACACGGAAGACAUUCGAAACUUAAAAAAAAAAGCAGGAUUAAAAAAAUUCCUUUGAAGACAAAGAUUUAAGUAUUUAAAAAAAAAAAGAGAGAAAACGUCCAAGUCAACCAUGUUUGUUGUUAUCCUAUCUGUAAGUACUUUUGUGGUCGUGCAGAUUUCUCUCCCUUGUCCACUUUUGUCUGACCUGCAUAACGAGUUGAGUUCGUCUCUUGUAUUGGCUACCGGGGUCGUAGUCCUGGGUCGUGAGUCUGUAAAUGCAAAGGUUAAAGCAUGUUUUUAUACAAAUAAUUUAUUUAUAAUAAAGGAAUGUUUUGCAAAUGUU